ACUAACAGCUCUUCUCGCGAGAAUUGUUGCGCGAUUGUCCUUGCUAAGUCGGACAUGGGCUAUUGGGACAUUCCGGAGGGGACAGACUGUGUUGAAAAAACAUGGAUCACAACCAAGCUGGCCACGGCUUUGGGCCUGGUGGGCACGGCCUAUCACAUGGUGGCUUUCCAGCCUGACACUGCAAUGGAAGGUUUACAGCGGGCCGGCAACACAACUGUCACCAUGGCCGCUCUGGGGGCCAUCUUUGGCAUGGUGACGUGCCUAAGCGCGCAGGCUCGUGAGGCUCCGGACGACCCGGUAAACUACUUCAUCGGAGGCUGUGCUUCUGGAAUCUUCCUGGGCGCUAGGACCCACAAUGCCAUGACAGGUACAUCAGCGUGUUUGGGUCUGGGAACGCUGGCCUACUUUUCCAAAGUGGCCAAAAAGGAAGGAUGGACAAUACUUAGCUCCCCCAAACUAUGAAGAAGAUGUGUGCAUGAGUAAUUUGAUGAUGUCAAUAAAGAGUCUGUUUAAUAAACUUCUUUAUGAGAAAGAAAA